GUCGGCGGGACCCGCGGGCCAUGUACGGCGACAUAUUCAACGCCACGGGCGGCCCCGAGGCGGCGGUAGGCAGCGCGCUGGCCCCAGGAGCCACGGUCAAGGCAGAAGGCGCUUUGCCGCUGGAGCUGGCCACUGCGCGCGGUAUGAGGGACGGCGCGGCCACAAAGCCCGACUUGCCCACCUACCUGCUGCUCUUCUUCCUGCUGCUGCUCUCGGUGGCGCUCGUCGUCCUCUUCAUCGGUUGCCAGCUGCGCCAUUCGGCCUUCGCCGCGCUGCCCCACGACCGCUCGCUGCGCGACGCCCGCGCGCCCUGGAAGACGCGGCCGGUGUAGCCAGGGACUGAGCCACGGUCGCCGGACGCCCCGUCCCGACCUAGCCAAUAGCAGCCAGCUUAAGCCUGGUAGGGAGGGCAUAACGCCGGGGAUCGCUGGCCCCUGGGAACACUGCGCCCUGACCCAAAGACCCUUCCUGAACUAGAGUGGCAACUCGAGAGGAAAGGGAGACCGAGGCGUCGGGAGCCUGUGUAGGGUCUCGAUCCCAGUACCCGUAGGUACCGUGAUUCUGAUCCCCUGGCCAAAUCUUUCUUCCUCUGGACAGAGGGUCCAGUCGGGAAACCUUCCCGAAAGACGGCGGUCGAGUCGGGAAACCUUCCUGAAACGCGCGCCAGCCCCGGGCGCAGGAGGCUUGCUCGCCGCCUGCUGACUUCCCUACUUUGCACACGGAAGGGGCAGGAACCGCGAGCGUGCAACUAGCCUGGAGCUACCUGUCUGGACUCGCAGGCCCUGUGGCUGUUUCCCCACAGCUGCUACUGCCUCUCUUGCUCCUUGACACCGAGGAGGUCCCCACUAGGAUCCGAGCGUCGUGAACUCACCUGAACUUUGGAAGGUUGGCACUCGGGGGCCGCAUCCCCCUGGGAAAUGACUGAACGCGGGGUUUCCGUGGGUCCCGCCUGGGUCUAAGGACCCAGUUUCUUCUGUGGGCACGGGCAGUGGGAGGCCGGUGGAAAGGCGCAGGGGCCCAUCUACGUGUCUCACAUCUUCAGGGGCCACAUUUCUACAAUAAAAACUCACCCAAUUAGACCUA